UGAAACACAUUUCAGAAAAAAAAUUGAAUUAAAAUAAUUUGCUAAAAUAUAUAGCGCGUCCUUGAGAAAGUGGGAGAGAUAUAAGAAAGAUGCCGGCGGAAUCGUCAAUUUACUGGAACUCAGCCGACUCACGAAGAUCAACCCCCGGCAGUUUUGGAAGCACCGGCGGUCGUCAUUACGUGGACCCGUGGGAUCUAGAGAAUUACGCUUACCUACGUCGUCAAAGCGUUGCCGACGUAUCACAUCGAGCGCAACGUCCCUCCACACAGGAGCGUUCUCUUCGUAACGCGCGAACACGCUCGGAAUAUUGGUACGCUUUAUCCUCAAUGAGAGAACCAGAAUGUGGCGGUUUCCCAUACACACAGGAAUUCUAUUGCAGACCAGUUAGGUCAGCAAACAAUAGCUACUAUCAGCAAACUAUCUACAAAGAUGAGAGAAUAGAAUACACUGCACCGUUUCCGGUUUACGCGCCUGUACUCGAAAUUUCCAGAUUUCCUCCACAAGAAGGAAGAGGUGUGUUACAUGUAGAUAAAGAAAAAUACAUAAUGGAGGCAAUACCAUCGUCAUUAUCACAUGUCGGACAUUUAAAUACAUACGGUCAUCUAAAGAUCGAUUAUACGAACAGUUGGAAUUCACUCAAUCGUCGAAUUAGCAAAUAAAAGGAUUUAGUUCUUAAAUGAAAGGAAUAAUGUUAAUAUUUAAAAAAGUGUUAAUUAUCGACAAGAUACA